AUGGGGCGUUCGCUACAAUCCUUCACGGGCUAUAUACGCCCAUUCUCAAUCAAAGGGACGCGGCAAGCCGCCACAGGUUGCCCCUUUUCAAAAAGACAACGCUCCCAAAUUGCCCCCACCGCCUCCCUUACAGAUGAGAUAUUCGCGAACGCAAAACCUUAUUCCGAGGUUCCCGGGCCCAAACCCAUCCCCCUUUUGGGGAAUACGUGGCGAAUGGUACCCGUGAUAGGCCAGUUCGAUAUAUCCGAGUUCGCGAAAGUGACCCAACGGUUCCUGGAUACGUAUGGAAGGAUUGUGCGUUUGGGCGGAUUGAUUGGCAGGCCGGAUUUGCUAUUUGUUUAUGAUGCAGAUGAAAUUGAGAGGAUGUACAGACGCGAGGGUCCGACUCCGUUCAGGCCAGCUAUGCCGUGCCUGGUCAAAUAUAAGUCGGAAGUGCGCAAGGACUUCUUCGGGGAACUCCCGGGCGUUGUUGGAGUACACGGCGAGAAAUGGCGUACAUUUAGAUCGAAAGUACAACGUCCUAUAUUGCAGCCGCAAACUGUGAAGAAGUACGUAGCUCCCAUCGAAAUGGUGACAGAGGACUUCAUCAGAUACAUGGAAAACGCCAGGGAUGAAAUCGGUGAUCUGCCAAAAGACUUCGACAAUGAUAUUCACAAGUGGUCGCUGGAAUGCAUUGGACGUGUAGCCCUAGAUGUGCGACUAGGCUGUCUAUCAACCGAUCUAUCUAGCAAUUCGGAGCCUCAAAGAAUUAUAGAUGCGGCAAAAUUUGCUUUACGUAACGUUGCUGUUUUAGAGCUAAAGGCGCCAUAUUGGAGAUACAUACCAACGCCCUUAUGGACCAAAUAUGUUAACAAUAUGAAUUUCUUUGUUGAGCUUUGUUCGCGUUACAUAAACGAAGCUUUGGAACGUUUGAAGACCAAGAAGGUGACUUCAGAGAACGAUUUGUCACUUCUAGAACGAGUGUUGAAGAGUGAGGGAGACCCGAAAAUAGCUACGAUUAUGGCCCUCGAUCUUAUACUAGUUGGUAUCGAUACGAUAUCAAUGGCAGUAUGUUCUAUCCUCUACCAAGCGGCUACCAGACUGAAACAACAGGAAAAAAUGGCUGAAGAAAUCCGCAGAGUGCUUCCUGACCCCAGCAAACCCCUCACCUAUGCUGACUUGGAUAAACUACACUACACCAAGGCGUUCGUUAGAGAAGUAUUCAGAAUGUAUUCCACAGUUAUCGGCAACGGACGGACAUUACAAGAAGAUGACGUUAUCUGCGGAUAUCACAUACCGAAGGGCGUUCAAGUAGUAUUUCCGACAAUAGUAACAGGGAACAUGGACCAGUUCGUCUCCAAUCCACAAGAGUUCAGACCUGAACGCUGGCUAGAACAAAAUGGCCGCUUGCACUCCUUUGCGUCUCUGCCUUACGGAUUCGGAGCUAGAAUCUGUUUAGGAAGACGUUUUGCUGAUCUUGAGAUACAAGUUCUGUUAGCUAAGCUUCUUCGUCGCUACCGACUGGAAUACCAUCACGAGCCAUUAGACUACGCUGUAACAUUCAUGUACGCGCCGGACGGACCUCUGCGUCUGCGCAUGAUUGAACGAUAA